UCCCAUCUGUGUCUCUGGCAUCGAUUCACCAUCCUGCUUCUGCUACCUUUCAUCCUCCACGGCUAGUACAUCCAGAGCUUAGCGAGCAGAGCGGGGGCUCAUUACAGACAUGUCCGAAGAAGUAGAAGGAACAAGGACUGUGGAAGAACAGCAGGAAAUGGAGGACAAAGUAAUCAGUCCAGAAAAAGCAGAAGAGGCCAAACUGAAGGCCAGGUAUCCAAACCUUGGAGCCAAGCCAGGGGGCUCAGACCUUCUCAGGAAAAGACUUCAGAAAGGGCAAAAGUAUUUUGACUCUGGUGACUACAACAUGGCCAAGGCGAAAAUGAAGAAUAAACAGCUGCCAUCAGCCCCGGCGGAGAAGACCGAGAUCACAGGGGGCCACAUCCCAACACCUCAGGACCUGCCACAGAGAAAGACUUCCAUCAUGGCCAGCAAACUCGCUGGUUGAUGGUUUUAUGUUUACUGUUUUGUCACCAUUCCAGCACCCAGUUCAUACCUACCUGCUGUUUACCUUUGGGUUACCUUUUUUUUUUCCUUUAUAUGUAUUCUCUAAGAACAAGUUACGCACCAAGCCAAAUACUUGAGAUAAAUCCGGUAGUCGUAGUAGUAGUCGUAGUAUCUGAAAAUGUUUCUUAAGAUCUUUAAAAAAAGCAAACAAAAAAAAAACAGUUAUUGAUUUCUUAACACGGUAUCACACUCACAAAUAAAUGUUAAUGUUGUUAUUUUCACUGAACAUUUUCACUUUUAAGGAUACAUGCCUCCAUGCAGCUUGGGGUCAGUUUUUCCAUCACCACAAAGGAAACUUCUUCCUGUUUUAUUGAUGACUGAGGUGAAACAACUUAAGAUUGUAGACGGGAAACAUUUCAUUGGUGUAUGUAUUUGGUAGAAGUGUAAUCUACACGUAUGCCUUUUGUUUUGCAACGGUUUAGGCGCCCAUAUGGAGGCAUGUCUGUUUAAACAGUGAAGAGUGGAGUAAAGCGUGUCUACUUUUGUUCUGUUCAUUUUUCUAAUUGUUGUGUUCCUUCAUCUCUGUGUGACGCUAUUUGAUUCUGUGCUUUCAAAGUACUGAAGUCUAGAUGAUAACACGCUUUGUAGCCAGUUUAAUUCAUACUAGUAACAUUGGUUUGCAAUGACUUGCUGCUGGUCUCAGUCUCAUCCGGACCUCUAAAAAGGCCUUAAAAGUAAUGAACCGUUGUUCCUCUUGAGCAAUAUUUGCUCCCUCAGUGAGAAUCUUAGUUGUGAAUCUUGCCUGAAAUGUCUUUCACUGUCUGACUGGAAUCACUUAGGAUUUUAUCGAAGGGAACUCCCUUGACAUGUCUGGAGUGUGCAUGUGCAUUUACUGUGCAGUCACACGGUGCCAUUUGUUUUUGUAAAUAAAAUAGUUUUGCAUAAUA